CCGUCACGCCGACACUCGACAGCAGAUGUCAGAUAGUAUUGUUGUUGCUAAUUUAUGAAUUAAUUUUGUUAUGACUUAUAUGAUUUAUUAAUCGUCGUUAGCUUUUAAUAUGACUGAAAUGGAAAACUUUUAUUUAAUUAUUACUAUUUUUUGUGGUUUAUUCACAGUAAUUAAUUGUACAAGUAUAGUGAAGCCUAGGGGUAUCGCAUUCGAACGAGCUUCACUUUAUGUACCCGACAAGGAUUUUUCAUGUUUUGAUGGAAGUUAUAUAAUUCCUUUUUCAUUUGUAAAUGAUGAUUACUGUGACUGCCCAGACGCUAGUGACGAACCGGGUACAUCAGCUUGUCCUAAUGGCACAUUCCAUUGUGCCAAUGCUGGUCACACGUCACUUGUCAUACCAUCAUCUCGAGUAAAUGAUGGAAUUUGUGAUUGUUGUGAUGGCUCGGAUGAAUGGGCAAAUAGUUUAAUGAAAGGUACAUGCGAUAACACGUGUGAAGAACUUGGCCGAGCAGCAAGAGAAGAGGCAGAAAGAGUACAAAAAAUAUUUAUGGCCGGUCAUGAAAUACGUGCUCAAUUAAUUGCUAAAGGAAAGGAACUUAGACUGGAAAAACAAAACAGAAUCACUGAACUUUUUGAAGUACAGAGAGAUGCAGAACUCGCCAAAAAUAAUACAUUAUAUGCUAAAGAAACAGCCGAAGAAAUUGAGAAGUCUGCAUUAGAAAAAUAUAAAAUAAUGAAUGAUGAAAAAAAAAGACAAGAAAAUGAAAAAGAAAAACUAAGAGACCAAAAUGAAGCUUUUGAAAUUUUUAAUCAUAUUGAUACAAAUAGAAAUAACAAAAUUGAAGAAGAAGAAGUAGAUGCAUACUCUACUUUUGAUCAGAAUAAUGAUGGUGCAGUUUCACAAGAUGAAAAAGAUUAUUUUAUGGAAAACAAAAAAGAGAUUAGUUUAGAAGAUUUCAUGUUAAAUGGUUGGAGUCGUUUAAAGCAAUUAAUACUUGCUGAAAAUGUGGAUGUAAAAGAAACUGAGCACCCAGCUGAUGACUUAGAAAAUGAUAAACAACUUGAAGAAGGAGAAGAUCAAGAUGAAGAUGAAAGUGAAACUGUGGAAGAGGAAGUUAAAUAUACAGAAUCUGAAGAACUUGAUGAAUCACAGUAUGAUGAAGAAACAAAACUUAUAGUUGAAGAAGCCAAACAAGCACGUAAUGCAUUUGAAGAAGCUGAUAGGAAAUUUAGAGACUUACAACGUGAAGUAACUCAUUUACAAGAAUCCCUAAAUAAAGAUUUUGGUCCAGAAGAUGAAUUUGCAGCUUUGGAUGGAGAAUGCUAUGAACUUUCUGAUCGUGAAUAUGUGUAUAAAUUAUGUCUUUUUGAUCAAAUAACUCAACGAUCCAAAAAUGGUGGAUCUGAAGUAAGAUUGGGUACUUGGAACAGUUGGAUUGGUGAACCGAAGUACCGUACUAUGUUAUAUGAUAGAGGACAACACUGUUGGAAUGGUCCUCAAAGAUCUACUCACGUACGUUUAAAUUGUGGCUUAGAACCAGCAUUGCUCUCAGCUACAGAACCAAAUCGUUGUGAAUACGCUAUGGACUUUGUUGUACCAGCUGUUUGUGUACAGCACAAUGAGAGGCCUUCGGCACCUGUAACAGAUGCUGAACAUGAUGAAUUAUAAUUUUAAUUAACUUGUAAUAAUUCAUUAAAUUUGUGUCAACUGUUUUUGGGGUAUUUAAUAUGAAAAUGUAUAUGUUCAUUAUUAUU